AUGUCUAUUAUGACAAUAGUUGGUUUUUUCACAUUCAAUUUAACAACAGUUCUUGAAGAACCAGAAAUUAAUUUUGAUCAACUAGUAUUAACUGUUUCAAAUGUUAAUAAAGACUUAUAUUUCAGAUUUGAAGGAGUAGGAGCUUCUGCUUAUUCUCGAAUUUAUCCAUUUUGCAAAGAAAAUAAAUGCGAAAUUCCAUUAAUCAUCGGAGGAGAUGUCAAAUUUUCUCUCAUUUACCGCAGAUUUCCGAUAUAUACGAAGCAUUACAUAAUUGAGCACGCUAAAAUGAACUGUACAAACGAACCUUGGACAAAUAGAAUUUGUACUUUCAGAGAUAUAUGCUAUGCUAACAAGAAAUAUCAUUUAAUAUCGCCAUACAACAUUACUUUUGAAGAAAAACUACUUUGUUUAGGUGCCAAAACGCCACCUGUAGAUUUAGAAUUAAAUAGAUUCGAAAACAUGAUAGAUACAUGGCAUGAGAAGCCAUUAUUCGGUAGACACGUUGUCGCUCACUCAUUUUUAGUAUCAAUAUACUACAAUAUGCAUAUGUUAUGGCACCAAUAUUUCGAUUUUUUGCUUCCUUUAUACCAAACGAUGGUUAGAGACGGACCAUUCGAUAACAGAUCGAUUGUUUACUUACCGACAUAUGCUACAAGUUAUCCUAUGCAAACGAAUUACCUUUCUUUGGGAAAUAAAGUUGCAAAAAUGGAAUUAGACGGUUGUUUCGAACAAUUAACAAUGGGAAUGGUCAAAAUCACAGAUUUAUCACUUGAUAAAGAUGAUCCACCUUAUUCUUUCUGUAAUAAUUGUUCUUCAGGAUUAAGAAAUAUAAUUUUACGAAAAAUGAAUAUAAAUGACACAUCAAAAUCACCAAUUGCUGUAAUAUUAGCAAGAAAAGGUAAUGUGAGGUUUUUUAAUGUCGAUGUUGUUGAAAAAGUUGUCAAAAAAUUAUUACCAAAAUAUAAAGUCAAAGUAGAGUAUUUUGAAAAUGUUCCAAUUGAAAAGCAGAUGAAAAUUAUGUCUAAGGCUUCUUUGUUUGUUUCAAUCCAUGGAAGUGGAUUGUCUCAUAUUUUGUGGAUGAAGCCAGGUACAUGCGUUAUUGAACUUAAAACUUGGCUUCACACAUGUAAUGAUUGGUAUCAAAAAGCAGCUCGUGCAACAGGAAUUCAUUACAUGGCUUAUUAUCCACAUGAAACAUUAGACAAACCUUCUUAUAUUUCACCAUAUUUGCAACAUUGCAUUGAUAAUAGAAUCUUUUGUGGAUCAAAGCAUUGCAAAGAUGCACUUCGUGAUCAAAAUAUUACUGUUAAUGCUGAGCGCUUCGAAAACGGUAUCAAAGAAUUCGUCAAUAACCAUCUCAAAUGA